AUGAAUUUGAUUAUAUUUAUAUGGAUAUCAACGUUAUUCGUACAAGAGGUUGUUCCGGGUGCGAUUACGAGACAUCCCCGUGACUUUGAAUUACACGAAACCGAGGUUCCACCGAGAUUGAAAGAUUUAGAAAAUGGAAGACACGUGCGAGAUUUGGGUAAACCUCCCCUUUCCUCGGUUCAAACCGAAUACGAAGCCAAAUAUCAACAAAAAGGACAUCAGGGAAAUGAAAGUUUUAGCACGGUCAAGGGCAAACAAGAAAUAGUUCACAAUAAUUGUUCGGACAAUUGGAAUGAAUUUGCUGAAAAAUGUGCCACGCUCAUAAAAGAUCUUGUCGCGUCUUUGGCCAAUGCUAUAUCCUCAAAUCCUGGUGACACGACCAAUUUACAACUACAAAUCAAAAAUAGUUUUCGGCAUUUUGACAGCACGAACAAUUGCAGUUGUUUCCGGACUGCUAAUACGACAUUAUCCGAUUUAAGUUUGAAUUUACCUUCGCUUUUUAAUAAGUCUACUCCGACGUUAACAAUCACCACGACGAAUCCGAAUCAUUCGACGGAAAUAUUAAAGUAUCCGCUUUUGUCAGAUGAGAAAAAAAUUCCGGAAAAUGAAUUUCAAGACGACACGACGACUCCGAUGCAAAUCGUGCCGAAGACUUUAUAUAAUCAACACAACGUUGGAAGUAGUUUUGAACAAAUCGAAAAUCCUAUCACGGGACAGCAUUUGGGUGAUUCGCAAGUGACAACUCAUGGUUCGAACAACGCAAUAUCACAAUCAGGAAAUUUGUUGCCUCCACCUUUGUCAGAAUCAGGAGGACUUCAUACUCUUGAAAGACCCGAUUUCGGUUCAAUCAAAGGAGCUGGUACGUUUCAAGGACCACAUGAAGGUUCCCAUAUAUCGAAUCAAGACUCAUCUGUAGCGAUUCCUGUAAGUCCUAAUCGUGAUAUUGAAAAAAAUACUGAAAAUUUAGGACUUUUGCCAGCAGGUGUCCCACCAAUGGCUAAAACUUUUGGUGGUGAUAAUACGGAAGAACCAGGUUUGAAUGUUCCCCAGCCAGUAUUGCCUGUUUUAAUGCCAAAGCAGGUCAAAAAUACUGGAACUUCUGACACGCCCGUUUUAGUUACCAAUGAUUCUUUUAACAAUGAUGGAAAUUCUAAUUUUAACGGAAAUACCUUGAUCAACAACAAACAGGAACCAAAUUUACCAAUAAAUAGUGAAUCUGGGUACGCUCAUUCAGAACCAAAUUCUGUUGGAAUUUCAUCACAACAAAACGAAGAAGUUGUUACAAGGACACAACCGAAAGUGAAACAAGUACCGGUAAUUAAAUUACCUCCAUUAAAACAUCCGUCUGAAUUUAUUCCACCUAUUUCUUUGUCAAAACAACAAUCAAUUCAGUCCUCAGAAAUGCUAUCGCCAUCCCUGGUUUCGGAAUUACCUCUUAAGGAAUCUUUUCCUGAAAUUCAACAACCUGAAGCACAGCCAUUUCCUCCGACAAAAAACAAUGAAAUGAAUUCUUUUACUCCAAAAAACCAUCCAGAACAACAUUUCGUUACCGACUGUCCACAAGAAAAUGCAUUUAAUAAUAAACCAGACCCUUCGUUCGAACAAUUUCCGACGGAAAAUUUAGUAUAUAAACCUCCAUCGAUUGAUCAAUCUUCACCGUCGACUGUGACUGACUGUCCAAACGAACAAUCAAAUGUUCAAAUACAAGAUUCUGAACAAGUACAAAGUGGAGAGAAUCAACAUUCGAAUACAUUUGUUCAUUCUAAUGCGCCUACAUUUUCACCUGAGUCAACUUUGAAUUCACCUUUAAACAAUAUACCUGGCGGCGUUCAAGGUGCACUUCCUCCGAACAAUGUGCAACAAGCAUUGAAUCCUUCUACACCGAUGCAAAGUUUUGUGGACGAUUCCCAAAAUGCACAACCGGCGAUAGUACCUGGAUCAACGCCUGAAAAUAAUCUUCCUCCUAACGUUUUACCUAUGAACCCCACAAUUUUACCGCAAGGAAAUGCAGUUGCUGACAUUCAACAAAUGAACCAGCCGAUGAAGUCUUCACAAAUGAACGAAAUGCAGAAUAAUUUGCCAAUGUCGCACAAUGAACCAAAUGGGCCACCACAGACGUUGGAAGGUUAUUUACCCUUACCAGCAAAGCCGGAGUUGCCUCCUAUACAAUCGGUCGAUCCUGUCAAUAAACCUCCGACUACUAGUUCCUAUUACUCUACUGGGCCUGUUACUUUUCCUCCAAUUUCUGACUCAUCGUCAGAGGAAAUGACUGGCUCUGCAGAAUCAGUUGAAAAUAAACCAGCAGGAAUUUCUCAAACAAUUCCUCAAUCCGCUAAACCAUUAGAAAUAAUUGCCGCUCAACCAGACAGUCAUGGGGAAGGAUUACCAUCACUUAAGGUUCCUCCAGUCAAGUCAUUGAUCAACACUUCACCUUUGCAAGAAAACUACGGUGCAGAAAAUUUCUCUAACGAUGAGAAAAACUCUGCUUUAUUACCACCAAAUAAUGUUGCUCAACUUCCGCCAGUCAACUUGCCGCCAAGUACAGUAUCAACAAAUAAUGUGCCACCUUCAGAAAAUCACUUUGCUGGAGUACCCAACGAAGAAGUUAAGUCUUCCGAACCACUAAAUCCAAUCACGAAUGAGAUGCCAUUAAUAACAGUGCCACAAAUUCAACCGCCAGCGAAUCCGUCAAUUCUCCCAGGAAAUCAAUUACCGGGAUCUUCAAAUGUUCCAUUUGUGCCAAAUCAAAUGGCAACCCAAUCACCUUCUUCAGGAAAAAGUAGUUCCGGAGAAUUAUUGCCACAUGUAAAAUCUGAUUCUACUCAAACUUCUGACUUUUCUUCCAGCCCUCCCGUAACAUCUUUGCCACCUAUACCAUUUUUAUCGAAGCCUCCACUAAACGAACCAUCAUCAGUCAAUAAUAAUCUUCCAAAUACAUCACCCGAAAAUAAUCUUCCGGUUUCACCUUCAGUCGGUCUCAUGCAACCAACUAAUACCGUAGUUCCACAACCAAACUUGGCCAUACCUGAUUCACAAGUAAAAACUCCAUUAAUGAAUCCCGUUAUUGUCCCUAACGUAAAACCACCAGCCGAUUCACUGAGCAUUGGUAAUCAAGGUGUUUCUACCCCGCCUGUUCAAAGUCAAGACGCAGUACAACCUUUCCCCAAUCAAACUCCGUUUAUGAGUCCUACCUUAGCACCACCUCUAAACUCUUUAACACAAAAUGUGGGCGCACAAGCAACAAGCCAAGGAGUUGAAAGCCAACUUCCAAUAAACGAAGGAGUUGAAAGCCAACUUCCAACGAACCAAGGAAUUGCAAGCCAACUUCCAACAAACCAAGGAGUUGCAGGUCAACUUCCAACAAACCAAGGAGUUGCUGGUCAACUUCCGACAAACCAAGGAGUUGCUGGUCAACUUCCGACAAACCAAGGAGUGACAAGCGAACUUCCAACAAACCAUGGAGUUUCCGGUCAACUUCCGACAAACCAAGGAGUGACAAGCCAACUUCCAGUAAACCAAGGAAUUGCUAGCCAACUUCCGACAAACCCAGGAGUUGCAGGUCAACUUCCAACAAACCAAAAAAUCGGAACCCCACUUCCAGCAAACCCAGUCGAAAUACAGAACCAACAACAACCAUCACUACCACCACCACCCACAUACGUACCUGUUAAAACGGUAGAACCAGAUUCGAGCUUAACAGAUUCUUGGCCGGAAGAUCAAGACGAAUUAGGUAUUUCUCAAUCUCAAAAAGCAACAACAUUCCAAACGACUUCCGUGGAACCAACUCCAGCUCAAAGCAGUGUACUCCUACCUCCAUCCCAUCAUUCGAGCACAUCAUCAUAUCCAAAAUCAGUUUUCCUACCUGUAAAUCAAGGCACUUCGGAACAAUCAACGACGGAAUCAUCGAUUUCUAAAAACAAUCGCGAUAAUCAUCAUCGGAAACAUCACGACGCAGACGAAGAAGAUGAAGACGAUUACGACGAUUGUUGCACGUGCGAAUCAUGUUCAGAUGACGAAUCCAGUAAUUUUUCACCUCGACAAUUCAGGACUUCCGCUUGUAAAGACCUGGAACAAGCCAAAAGAGAAUUGAAAGCAAUUUUCGACAAAAUAAAAAAGAAAUUAAAAUGCGGUAAAAAAGCACCGAAAACGAUAUCGACGAGUGCGGCACCUUUUACAACCGUCUAG